AUGGCAGGCGCCCUGGACGACGAGGACGACCCCUUUGAGGAGGCCCUGAAGGACGAACCUGGAUUUCCGCCCGAUGAUGAUGCGGAGGGCCCGGCCCUCACCCCCACCGCCCUCAUCGUCGCGCCGCCCGGGUGCCUGGCUCUGGUCCCGGCUGGUGGAGAAGUGGGAAAGCCUGCGGUGACGCGGAGGUGGUUUGCCAGCACCAAGAGCCCGGCUGAGCGCGCUUUGCAGCAGGCGGAGGAUCUCCACGAGUCCGUUGAGAAGGCGCUGAAGACCGCUCGGGUGCGCGUAGAAGAGUUGGAGAAGAAGCUGAAAUCUGGCUCGGAAGAGUGGGAGCUGCCCUAUUCCGGCUUAGACGGACGCUGCAUCGAGAAGAGCAUCGGCGAGUACAAGUACAAGAUCUGCUUCUUCGACAAUGCCAAGCAGGACAGCACUUCGGUGGGCCGAUGGCAGGGCUGGGAAGCGCCGGGAAUCGCCAGCUUCACUGCAGGGCAAUACUGCCCUGGCGGUCCUGAGAGAAGUCUGAAGGUGAAGUUCCAAUGCGGUUCCAAGGAGGAACUCAUCGAUGUGUCGGAGCCCAGUCGCUGCACCUACGAGGCACAGUGGGCCUCCUCGUUGGGGUGA